CCCCUCCUUUUCCCAAGGCGCCGUCGCCGCCGCAGUUCCGGCGAAACGCAAAAUUCUGGUUAACAACCUCAUCAAAUAGAGAUUGUGAGAAGGCAUUAUUGAAAGAUUUCUUUGGGAUUCUGGAGAAGAUAAAUUGAGUUUUUUUCUUGAUGGCUAAAUGUUUGAAAUUGGAGAGCAGUGAUGACAGGAUCAGUGCAUUGCCUGAUGAAGUUCUUAUUCACAUCCUCUCAUUCCUUCCAACACAAAAUGCAGUUACUACCUCUGUGCUGUCAAAGAGGUGGAGGUACCUUUACACUUUGGUUUCUAGCCUAGACCUUAUGACAGAUGUGUAUGAUGAUGAUAGAGAUUUGGAUGAAGUUGAGAAGGCAUCCCGGUUCAUGAAUUUCGUAGAUAGAGCUUUGUUCUUUCGUGACAUACCAUCAAUAGUGAGAUUCCGCCUCGCCUAUUAUCAAUAUAUUGAUCCUAUGCGUAUUGAUGGGUGGUUACGUGCUCUGAUGUGGCAUAAUAUUCAAGAGAUUGAUUUAUGCAACUAUUUUGAGGAGGAAUUUCAGGGCCUGCCCCUACCAGCUCCUUUAUUUUGUUGUGAGACACUGGUGGUUCUGAAGGUGAAUUUGCAAUGGAAUAAUCGUGAUCUCAAAGUGCCAUCUAGGAUUUGGCUCCCAAAUCUUAAGAUUCUUCACAUUCGGGAUAUUUGUUUUCCAGAUGAUGCUUCUGGUGAAAAUCUGUUUUCGAGUUGCCCUGUUCUUGAGGAAGUGGUUCUGCAUGGAUGUUUUUUUGGGGAUGGUUGUCUCAAAUUCAAAAUAUCUAGUUCAGCACUCAAGAGACUGACCAUAGAAUCCGUGACCACCACUUCCUUGCCAGACAAGAAAUUUCAGAUAAUGAUUAACACUCCUAAUCUUGUCUAUUUGAAUUACUCUAUCUCUGGAAAUCAGUCCCUUGUGUUAGUCAAUGUGCAGUCUCUUGCUGAAGUUUUAAUCACUUGUGACACAGCAUACUAUUGGGAAAAUCCUGCUGCAGCAACUGAUGUUUUCAGAGGAAUAAAGGAUACUCAGUCACUUCAUUUAUCCAACAACACUCUAGUGGGUCUCAAAUACCAUGAGGUUCCUAUUCCUUCAUUCGAGAAGAUGACUUACUUGAAAAUUUGGGAUUGGGACUUCCUCCCCGGUUCUGAUGUUCUGGAAUAUUUUCUUGCCCAUUGUGUUGUUCUAGAAACCCUUGUAUUUGAGGAACAGCUAACUAAAGGAAAUACAAGCAUACAAUACUCACUACAGAAAGCUCCACUGGCCCGUAUGUUGUGUCGCCUCAAAAAAAUUGUAAUUCGGUCACUCGAAAUGAGACAAUCUGAAGCUUAUAUGCAAAUCAUUGAGUUCUUUCUGAACAAUGCUAGCAUCUUGGAGGAGUUGAAUAUACAUAUUACUCGACAUCUAUCCGAACAACAAGAGAAGAUGAUGGUGAACGAGAUUUUGGCGCGUUACCAAGAAUCUGAAAGAAAUCUCAAGUUCUCAUUUAUGCAAGGAAUAAAACUCAUGUUUCAGUUUGAGUAAACUCUUUCCUUUUUUUUUUCUUUUUUUUUGCUUAUAUGUUGCUUAGUGCUUCGAAAAACUUAUGUGAAAGCAUUCCAGCAAAAAAAAUAACUUAUGUGAAAGCAUUCACUUUACCAGACAGAAUCCUGUAGCAUUAUGUUAUUCUUGUUCUCGGUAUUUUGGCACAAUAAAUAUGGACCUUGAUU